GCGCUGACGUCAACCGGAAAUUUACAGCAAUUCUUUCUAGAAUUUUGUAGCAGUCAAUCGCUAGCACACGCAAGAUUUCUGCUGGCAUAAUGUCGAGAAUAGACUACAGCGUGUGGGACCACAUUGAGGUGUCAGACGAUGAAGAUGAUACCCACCCAAACAUCGACACACCGAGUCUGUUCAGAUGGAGGCACCAGGCACGUGUGGAGCGAAUGGAAGAAUUUCAAAAAAAAGGGGAAGAGUUAUCUAAGGGACUCAGUGAAAGCCGGCGUAAAUUGGCAGAGGCACAGAAGAAAGUAAAAGAGCUGAGCCUUUCAAAGACAGAUGAUUCCAAAGCAGAGCUGAGCAAAGCCCAGAGUGAGGAGAAGAAACUGAAAAAAGAGGAACGGGAGUGGGAGAAGAAGCUAGAGGAUCACAAUCGGGAAGAAAAGAAGAUGCCAUGGAAUGUAGACACCCUCAGCAAGGAUGGUUUCAGCAAGAGCAUUGUUAAUGUCAAGCCAGAAAGUCAGGAAGAGACAGAGGAAGAGAAGGAGCAAAAGCAUAAAACCUUUGUGGAGAAAUAUGAGAAGCAGAUCAAACAUUUUGGCAUGAUGCGACGUUGGGAUGACAGCCAAAAGUAUCUGUCUGACAACCCUCAUCUAGUGUGUGAAGAGACUGCUAACUACCUGGUGAUCAUGUGCAUUGACCUUGAAGUUGAGGAGAAACAUGCAUUGAUGGAGCAGGUGGCUCAUCAGACCAUCGUCAUGCAGUUCAUUUUAGAGUUGGCAAAAAGCCUCAAAGUGGACCCCCGUGGUUGCUUCCGUCAAUUUUUUGCAAAGAUUAAGACAGCAGAUCAGCAAUACCAGGAAGCUUUCAACGAUGAACUGGAGUCGUUUAAAGAACGGGUUCGUGGAAGGGCGAAGAUCCGCAUAGAAAAGGCCAUGAAGGAGUAUGAAGAAGAGGAACGACAAAAGCGCCUGGGGCCAGGAGGGCUAGAUCCUGUUGAAGUGUAUGAGUCCUUGCCACCUGAGAUGCAGAAAUGUUUUGAUGAAAAGGACAUCCAGAUGUUACAAGAUGUUAUUAGCAAAAUGGACCCAACGGAAGCGAAGGCUCACAUGAAGAGGUGCAUAGAAUCUGGGCUCUGGGUCCCAAACUCCAAGACAGACGAUGGAGAUGAAAAAGAGGAGGAUCCUACCUACGAAGAAGUGAAACAGGAGCAGGAAGAAACUAAGAAGGAAUGACCAAGAUUGCUUGUAUGAAAAUGAAAUGCAAAUGUACUUAAUCGCUGUAUUGCAACUCCACUAUGUGUAUGAAUAGUUUGCCAAUCAAUGAUCAAUGAAAUAACUUGUUUUAAAUAUCUAGCUCAGAUUGUAGACCUUAGCAUUCAUCUAAUGGCACAACUGCAGUUGUAUCAAAAACUCCUGCUUGGGAAAGAACCUGUUGCUUGUGUUGAAGUCUAUUGUUUUUAUCCACACAAAAUUUGUUUUCUUACAUUUCUAUGUAAACAUGUUUGUUUUGUAGGUGUGCAUGUACACACGUGCCUACCUGCAUACUCUCUGUGAUUGUAUAGUUUUCAGACAUUCAAUACUUUUCAGGAUGUUCAUAUAUAUAUAUUUUUUGUCCUUCUCAAAUUUAAGAUGGUUUGGCAUUUAGGGCUUAAACAACCAGUGAAUUUAAGUGGUUAUUUCCCCAAAAGUGACAUUUUCUACAGACUUGCUUAACUAAAGGUUGAAUUGUAUCCAACUACUCAAGGUGUGGCUGACUUGUUUUGAAUGUGUAUUUAGAUUAUAAGUCAAAAAACGUG